AUGCUUGGCUUUGAUUAUAAGAAAGGAAAUAAUGACCUCCAACCGGCCGGUCCUCAGAUGACUGCUGUAGAAGUUCCGGUUCUCUCUAAUUUACGCGAGUAUGAAUGGCUUCCCGGUCAUUCCACCGUUCGGUACAUCAUCCACGAGGUGUUGUCGGAGGAUAGCUACGAGCCUUCGUAUCUUGUCAAGCUAGAAAGUCAUGAGUUGGAAGUUAUAUCUUCCUCGCGUCUGCAAAAGCUUGAAAAUGGCCGCGAGGCACUUGAAACUUUCCAGAACUCGCGUGUUCGUUAUCGCGAACCUUCCUGUGAGUCCGAGUCGAAUAUCGAUAAGGAGGAAGAUGAAGGACAAGAGACGACGUGCAGCCCCCCGGGGUCUGAAUUGGAUGACAGCAGGCCGUCGCGCCGAGCAAAGAAGACCAAGUUCACGGAAUUCUUUGGUGCGGUUAGCAGCGACGAUGACGGAAAAUUGACAAAGUCCGAUUCAAGCGAUGAAGAUGUUGUUGCACCCAGGUCGAGGCAAAGUGUGCUGAGGAAGCGUCCAAACUAUCACAGCACCUUGAAUAAUGGCUUUGGUGCCAAUGCGCACUCAAGAACCAGGGCUUCAACUAGGUCCCGUAAACCUUUGCGGUACAAUCUCCAUGAGAUGUACGAGGACGAUAUUUCCGAAUAUGAAGCCGUGCUGUCAAAUCAUCGAAAAUACGUGGGCACUAAGGAGAAGUUCGAUAAGAUCCCAUCGAGUGAUCUAUUCCGAGGCCGUCACCGAGAAGUCUGCGAAGUCUGCUCGAUUGAAGGCGAUCUUCCUGACAAAGGGCCUCUUGUUUUUUGUCAAGGCUGUACUGAUGCCUACCACCAGGCUUGCCUAGGCCCACGAACCGCGCGAGAGCAUCUUGUCACCAAAGUAGCAAGCGAUAAAUUCAUUCUCCAGUGCCGCCGCUGUUUAGGUUCCUCUCACGCCAAGGAUUCAAGAUUCCCCCAUCAAGGAAUAUGCACUGGGUGCAAUAAACCGGGAAAGAUGUCAAAUCCAUUAAGGGAGCGACUAACAUCCAAACAAGAACAGCAACAACGGCAGGAGAACGGAGGUGAAGAUCCUAUUACAGCGGUUAGCUCAUACCUCAUCAACAAUCCAGAUAAUCUACUCUUCCGUUGCAAGGCUUGCCAUAGGUCUUUUCACUUCGAUCACCUCCGGGCUGGACGCAUAUCCAACUGGCAAUGCCAUGAUUGCAACUCGCUGCCCGGGGAGGUCAACGCAAUGGUCGCCUGGCGACCAUUGAGUACCGCCUCGAAGAAAUCUCCUAAGAUCUCGGAACUGGACAAAGAGUACCUCAUAAAAUGGAAAGAGAAGUCCUACGCUCAUUGUACUUGGAUGCCCGGAAGUUGGGUUUGGGGUUAUAUCAACCCGGUAAUGCGUCGCGCGUUUUUGAGAUCAGACAAAAGCCAUCUACCACGGAUGACCACAGAUGAGGCCAUACCCAAUGAUUACUUGCGGUUCGAUAUCAUUUUUGAUGUCAAGUUCGCUGAUAAUGAUCUCCAUAUGUACGGUGAGGAUUACGACGAGGAUCUUGAGCGCAUUGAUAAUGUUUCCAAAGCCUAUGUAAAGUUCAAAGGAUUACCCUACGAGGAUGCGGUAUGGGAAGUACCUCCAGACCGUAGCAAUACUGAAGCUUGGAAUGAUUUCAAAGCUGCGUAUGCAGACUGGGCCAAGAAACCAUUCAUCAGCACACCAAAUCAAAUAUCACUACAGAAACACCUGGCUAAUGUGAGGAAACAAAAGUUCAAGUCGAGAGAAGCUCAGCCCAGGAUUAUGACGGGCGGGGAGAUCAUGGAUUACCAGCGAGAUGGCUUGAACUGGCUAUACUUCAAAUGGUUCAAGCAGCAGAACGCCAUUCUUGCUGACGAGAUGGGUCUUGGGAAGACUAUUCAAGUGAUAGGUUUACUGGCAACUCUGGUCCAAGAUCAUAAGUGCUGGCCAUUUCUCAUUGUUGUGCCAAACUCAACAUGUCCGAAUUGGAGAAAAGAAUUAAAAACAUGGGUCCCUUCCCUCCGUGCAGUCACCUACUAUGGCUCUUCUCUGGCGCGCAAAAUGGCGCAAGAACACGAAAUGUUCAUUAGGGGUGACCCUGACCUCAGAUGCCAUGUUGUCAUAACUUCAUAUGAGACAAUGGUGGAUGAUUCUUGUCGAAAGGUUUUGUCAAGAAUACCUUGGGCCGGGCUUAUUGUCGACGAAGGGCAGCGGCUAAAGUCUGACAAGAGCCAAAUCUAUGAGGGACUAUCUAAGAUGAAAUUUCCCUUCAAGGUACUGAUGACUGGGACUCCGUUGCAGAAUAACACCAAGGAACUUUUCAACCUUCUGCAAUUCUGUGAUCAGUCCAAGAACGCAGAAGAACUGGAGGAGAAAUAUGGCACCCUAUCCAAGGAGAAUAUCCCGGAACUGCACGAGUUAAUCAGGCCGUUCUUCCUCCGGCGCACGAAGGCCCAGGUCCUUACUUUCCUUCCACCUGUUGUUCAGAUCAUUGUUCCUGUCACGAUGUCUGUUCUUCAGAAGAAGCUUUACAAGUCUAUCCUUGCAAAGAAUACUCAGCUCAUCAAAGCUAUCUUCCAGAGAAAUGAGGAGGACCAGCCACUAAAACAAACAGAGCGUCAUAAUUUGAACAAUAUCUUGAUGCAGCUGCGGAAGUGCUUGUGUCAUCCCUUUAUCUUCAGCAAGGCCAUUGAAGAGCGAACGGACGACCCAGAAGUAGCCCACCGCAAUCUUGUGGAUGCUGCAGGGAAGCUUCAGUUAUUAGAGCUAAUGUUACCAAAACUCCAAGCUCGCGGUCAUCGAGUUCUAGUAUUCAGUCAAUUCCUUGAGAACUUGGAUGUCAUGGAGGACUUUCUCGAUGGGUUAGGUCUUCCCCACCGACGCCUCGACGGAAGGAUGACUUCACUUGAAAAACAAAGAAUGAUUGACGAUUACAACGCCGAGAACUCUCCAUACUUCGCUUUCCUUCUCUCUACUAGAUCUGGCGGCGUCGGUAUAAAUCUUGCCACUGCAGAUACUGUCAUUAUCAUGGACCCUGAUUUCAACCCUCACCAAGACAUGCAAGCAUUGUCUCGUGCCCAUCGUAUUGGGCAGAAGAAUAAAGUCCUUGUCUUUCAGCUCAUGAUUCGAGGGAGCGCCGAGGAAAAGAUUAUGCAGAUUGGCAGAAAAAAGAUGGUACUCGAUCACGUUCUCAUUGACCGUAUGGCCGCGGAAGAUGAUGAUGGCGAAGACUUAGAAUCCAUUCUUCGUCACGGAGCCAAAGCAUUAUUUGAUGACGACAACUCUGGCGACAUAAUCUACACUUCCGAAUCUGUUGAUAGGCUGCUUGACCGCAGCCAGGCGGAGCAGGCCACGAAUCCAGACACGAAUGUCUCUGCUUCUGAGUUUAGCUUUGCUCAAGUAUGGGCCGCCGAUAGCCAAGGCCUGGAAGACCAACUUAAUGUUGCAGAAGAAGAUCCAACCAUAAGCAACCAAACGUGGGAGAAAAUACUACAAGAGCGUGAACGGGCUGCGGCUGAGGAAGCACGAAAGAAAGCAGAAAUCCUUGGCCGCGGCAAGCGGAAGCGGGCGACUGUUGACUACUCAGCUGUUGAUGCCGAUCCGGCCCCUGCCAGAGCGCUUGCGAGUCGCGAGACUGAGAGUGACGCGGAAUUCCGUGAGGAUGAAGCCGGAGUAGCCUCUGAUUACAGCAUGGAAGACGAUAUUAGUGUUUACGAAGGGGCGACCAUAAAACCUAAAGUUCAUGCAUUUCAGCGGGUCAUACUCCUUCCACAAGUUGCCCAAACUCCUCAGUCAGUCCAAGCACCAACGCCGAACGGUGUAGGGAUGAAUGGCCAUGUGGACCGCAAUGGGGAUGCUUGUUUUGUCUGCGGCCGAGUUCACCCAAUGGGAUCUUGCCCACUCAAGCUGGCUGGAGUUGAACAUUGCGGUCUCUGUGGACUCGCUCAUUAUGGCCAGGCUCGUACUUGUCCGCAUUUGAAGUCCGAGCUUCAAGUUUCAAGGAUGAUCGAGGCUUUGAAACAGAGCAAUGAAGAUAAACAUCUCGUUGCCCUGGCCAAGAAGUACGUCUACGGCAUAAAAGGUGAUCUCGCACAGCGCGAGAGGAGGAAAUCACGGAAGGGCCCUGCCGCAGAUGCUUCCAUAAACUCAACUAAGACUCCCACCUCAUCAGUCCCGCCGAAGGCUAGUAUCCUCCCCACUGGACAGCCAGUUAUAGACAUUACCGAGGAUCAGUAUGAAUCUAGCAAUGGGCAACCUGCUCCAUCUGGCAUUGAAGGCUCGAACACGAACGAUCGGAAACGUAUAGCGUGUUGAGCAAUUACGAAUCUGGGAGAAACUGAUUCCCACACUUACUGGGAAGGUAUCUUUGGGGUGUCCAUAACGGGGCGGCGUAACAAAGCAGACGUUGAGGGGUUCUAUCCUUAAUUUGUACAUAUAAAAGAUAAUC